UUUAGACUUGGAGCCCUGAAGCUACAGCAAGCUUCAAGUCCGGCAGAGGUGGUUAGGGAGCUGAUUGGUUACUGCCUAGACUGCCUGCGAAGGCUGCAGGCAAAAAACGAGCACCUGCAAAAAGAAAACGAAAGGCUUUUCAGUGACUGGAGCGAUGUGGAGAAGCGGCUGGAAAAAUGUGUGGAAGCUAAAGAAGAACUAGAAGCAGAUCUUUAUAACCGAUUUGUUUUGGUGCUAAAUGAAAAGAAGGCAAAGAUAAGAAACUUACAGAAGUUGUUAAAUGAAGCUACAGAAUCUGCAGCAGAUGCCAAAUGUACAAGGGAUAGUGUAGCUAUCACUCAGAUAGUUAGAGGAAGAGAAAAUUACUACGAUGGCAGCACUGAAGAGGAAAGUGAAAAUUUAACACAGGUCUCAUUACCGUCAG